GAGGUGGGGGAGCGGGGGGGAAGCGGCACAAAGUGAAGCCACAUUGCCAAACUUGCCCGGCGAUUGCAGCAUCGAGCGGCGGCGGCGCCCUGCGUGUGCGGCUCAGCGGCGGGGACCGAGCUCUGCAGCUCCCCUCCCGGGAAGCGGGAGCUGGAGGAAGGACCCGGGCAGACGCCUCUCAUAGCAAUAUCUAUAUUUUUCCAGCCUGGGCUGCCCCUUGCCGGGCGGGGGGCUCCCUCCAGCCGGCGAGAGGGCGAGCGCUGUGCUUAUUUCUUUGCAAGAAGACCUCUUCAGGCACCCCGAGCGGCGCUCCCCGGCCUUUUGCAAUAUAGAGGGGAAGCAGGCCAUGGUGAACCCCGGCGGCAGCGCGCAGCCGCCCCCGGUCACGGCGGGCUCCCUCUCCUGGAAGAGGUGCGCCGGCUGCGGGGGGAAGAUCGCCGACCGCUUCCUGCUCUACGCCAUGGACAGCUACUGGCACAGCCGCUGCCUCAAGUGCUCCUGCUGCCAGGCCCAGCUGGGGGACAUCGGCACCUCCUGCUACACCAAGAGCGGGAUGAUUCUCUGCAGAAACGACUACAUCAGGUUAUUUGGAAAUAGUGGUGCAUGCAGUGCCUGUGGACAGUCCAUUCCUGCUAGUGAGCUGGUCAUGAGGGCACAGGGCAAUGUCUAUCAUCUUAAGUGUUUUACAUGCUCUACCUGCCGGAAUCGCCUGGUCCCUGGAGAUCGGUUUCACUACAUCAAUGGCAGUUUAUUUUGUGAACAUGAUAGACCUACAGCUCUCAUCAAUGGCCAUUUGAAUUCACUUCAGAGUAAUCCACUACUGCCAGACCAGAAGGUCUGCUAAAAGGUCAGAGUAAUGCAGAAUGCGUGCCUUCAUCUCAAAUUUUGUUCAUCACAGAUGGAUCCCAUGUCUCCAAGUAGACAAGUCACCUUUGUAGCUAGCAUCAAUGCCAGCUCCAUACCAUUGCACCUUCUUUAUUCUUGAUUGCCCUUCCCACAUUUAUUGGUGUAUUAAAAUGACUGAAUAUGAACAUUAAGGACUCCAUGAACCUGGGCUAAUGGGAGACUAGAGAAAAUGAAAAAAGAUCCACCGGAGGACAUCUUGGGGGGGGUGGGUGGGGAAGAUGACUAAUGAAGCUAAUUAAAAGAAGCAUUGAAAUCUGCUUUCUACCCUCAUUAACAAUUAGCAGGGCACUGGCCAGUUUGUACCCUGUGUUUUACCUUAACAGCAUUCUAUUUGCUCUUUGUAUAUUUAAGUGUUGUAAGGAAAUGUGUUUCAAUCAAACUGAACAUGAGAUAAAGAUGUGGCUUUUGUGAUAUUCUAUCACAAACACUUUUAUUGUAUCUCUGUAAAAUACAAUGUAUGUAUGCAUGUAAGUGUUUUUGUCCUAAUGUUGCUACUUCCCAUGGCAAAAAAAAAAAAAGAAAAAAAAAAGUCAGGCUCAUAGCAGCUACUGUGUAGAAAUUUUCACCUACUUCUAAUUUGCUGAAUGAAGAAAAAUCUUUUAUUUGUGAUAUUUUCAGAGACAUUUGCUCUAGUAUGGUGUAUUUAAAUAAUAAAAAGUAAAACAAAACUGA